AUGAAGAAUUCAAAAUAAUUAUGGUUCAUGUGGAGUCAAUCUUAAAGUUUAAGUAUAAAAUAUGAAAUGGAAACAAAAAAAGUAUAAAUAAAUUAAACAAGAUUCUUGGAUCAGGAAAAUUUGGUUAAAUCAUCAAAGUUAAAGAUAGAUUAUCAAAAGUCUAUAAAGCUAUACGUACUAUUCCAAAGGCUAAAGUUAAACAUAAAGAAAAAUUGAAAUCAGAUAUAAACUAACUAAAAAAUAUAGUAAAAAAUAUUUUCAUUAUGAUUAGAAUCAUGAGAAUGUUAUUAAAAUAUAUGAACUUUAUGAAGAUGAUAGGAACCUACACAUAGUGAUUGAGUAUUUUUAACAAAAUUAAUUUAGUUAAGUCUAUGUGAAGGUGGUUCGUUGUUUGAAAAAAUUCUCGAAAAAUAUGUUCUCUCAGGUGAAGAAGCUCGUUAAUUAUUUUUGCAAAUGAUUUAAUCCAUUAAUAUUUGUCAUAAAUAUGCUUUAUGUCAUCGAGAUUUAAGAGUAAUAAAUACUUAAGAUAUAUAAUAGCCUGAAUCAUUUUUAUAUAUUGAAAGAAAAGCAGAAGAUAUGAGAAUAAAAGCAGUUGAUUUUGGAUUUUAAUUACUUUAUGUAGAUGAUUAUAUUAAAAAACAGAAUGGAAUUGUUGUAGAAUCUUCAAGAUAAGGAAAAGUAAAAUUAUAUUAAUUGUAAGUUGUAUUAUACAGCUCCAGAAAUAUUUGAAGGAAGAUUAACGGAAAAAUGUGAUAUUUGGUCAGUUGGGGUUAUUUUACAUGUUUUAUUGACUGGAGAAUUACCAUUCAAUGGCUAAACAGAUGUUGAUAUAUACAAACAAAUUUAAAAUUAUGAAAUAACUUUAAAAGUUGAAAAACCUAUUGCAGAUUUAUUAUCUAAAAUUCUUAUUGAACCGUAUAAAAGAAUUACAAUUUUUGAUAUAUUAAAGCAUCCUUGGAUCCAAACUCCUAUUGAUAAAACUAUCUUUUUAAAUCCAAAUUUUAAAUAAAUGAAAGAACUGUCUAACUAAAAUCAUUUAUUAAGAGUAUAUUAUUAAUUGACAAUUAGAUUAUGAUGAAUUUUUUAUCUGAAUAACUUUAAAAGGAUUCUUUAGAAAAAUUAAAAAAAAUCUUUGAGGAUUUAGAUGUUAAUUCAAAAGGAUUUAUAUCAGUUUCAUCAAUUAAAGAAACUUUAAAAGAUUAGCCAGAAUAUGAAGAAAUCAAUUUAAUUUUAGAGCAUUCUGAAAUUCUUGAUGAUAAAAUUAAUUAUCAUAGUAAUGAUUAGAUUUUACUUUAUAGAUUUUAUAAAUUAAAUUUAUGAGAAAAGAUUAUUUUUAAAAGAGGAGAAAUGCUAUUUGGCAUUUAAAUAAUUUGAUUUGAAUAAUACUGGAAAAAUAACAGUAGAUAAUCUAUAAAAUGUAUUGAAAUCUGUUGAUUAAUUUAAAUUCAUUUCAAAACAAUUUUGUGAAAGUUUAAUAAAAGAGGUUGACAAAAAUAAUGAUGGAGAAAUAGAUUAUUUAGAAUUUAUUGAUAUGUUUUGUAAAAAAAUCUGA